AGUGGGCUCCAGUGCAGGGCUGCAGGCGGCUGGGGCGGCCACUGACCUCGUUCCUAAUCCUCCUGCCACGGAGGGAUCUGCAGAGCUUCGCUCCGGGCUGUUCCUGCCUCUCUCCUGCGGGGCUCUCUCGCUGCCCAAGAUCUCCCCUGGCUUUGGGUGCUGAAGCAAUCCAGCAGCAAGUUCUCCCAAAAUGAUGGAAAACAAAGUGUUCCUGUCAUUCGCGUUCUACAGCACGAUUCUGAUUUUAAAAAUGUAUGUCGUUGCCAUCAUUACGGGGCAAGUGAGACUCAGAAAGAAGGCAUUUGCAAACCCAGAGGACGCCCUGCGCAAUGGGGGGCUGCAGUUCUACCGCCAGGACCCUGACGUGGAGCGGUGCCGCAGAGCCCACCGCAACGACAUGGAGAACAUCUUUCCCUUCCUCUUCCUCGGAGCCGUCUACUCCCUGCUGGAUCCCAGUCCCACAGUGGCCAGGAUCCACUUCCUCAUCUUCUGUGUGGGACGGAUCGUGCACACCAUUGCCUACCUGCUGCAGCUGAGGGCACCCACCCGCUCCGUGGCCUACAGCGUGGCCCAGCUGCCCUGCUUCUCCAUGGCCCUGCAGAUCCUGCUGGCCACCACCCCGUACUGGUAACAGCCAGAGAGACCCAGCACCCAAACCCCCUCAUCCUGACUCUGCUGGGCCCCCUGGAGCAGGAGAGAAUGAGAGAGUGUGUGUGUGAGAUGUCAGCAGGGAGGUCACCUGCACCCUGAGGAUGUUCAGUGCAGCCUUGAUGCCAUCAGAAUUUGUCAGAGGAGGCACCAGAGAGCAGGGACAUGCAGGAAGGGAGGUUUCUCUCUCUCCUGCUGAGGAUGAGAGGUGGAAAGCACAUGGACUACCCCUCAAGGAAAGGGUCAUUGAAGGAAAGGUUUUCUGAGUUUCGAACUGUGACUGUGACCUUUUCCUCCUGGUCAUGAAUAUCCCACGAAUCAGGCAGGGAGAACCAUGAGGGUCCCACAAAGUCUCUUAGUCAGCAGAUGUGGUUGGUAGCAGAGGUUAUAAAGCCUUCUCCUGCCCAGCCAUGUGCAUCUUGGGGAAUGUGAGUCCCUUAGCAUUUAGUCCCUUAGGUUCCCUCUCCACCAAGGAGGACAGGAGGCAGGUGCCUUCCAGGCAGGCUGACAGGGAAGUCCAAAUCUCAGGGGUGAUGUUGUGAAGCCACUGGAGCAUUCAGUGCUCCCAGUGCCGCCUCAUCUCACGCCACAGCACACAGCUCCCUGCCAGGAGCCCCACUGCAGGCAGGACCUGGGGCUCCUGGCAGCUCCCAGCCAGCAGCAGCUGAGGCUUUUCCAUCUCAGCCUCACCACAGCAAGAUGCAGAGUGACAUGCCUGGAGAAGCCAGCAGGAAUCCUUUACCCUGGACACACAGCCUGAACACAUUUGCUGGACACAAAGUUCUGGGACUUCUGGAAUGUCUGAAAUGCUGGCACAAAACAGGGGCUUUGCAGACAGAGUUUUCUCCCAAAGGGCAGUCCAGUCCACAUGCCACUAAUACCUGAAAAUGCCCCAGAGCAUCAGACUGAGUUUCUCCCCCUCUGUUUGCAGCCUUUCUCUGGCCCGUUGCUGUUUGGGAAAUGUGCCCUGAUUGCCUUGGGGGAGUUUUCUUUUAGCUGUUUCCUGCUGUCCACUGCUGCCACGCCAUUCACAGCCUGGAGCAGCUGGUGUUUGCAGAAAGCUCUAGAAAUGAGCAGAGGGGCUUUGCAGGGAGCAUUUGCAUUGCUGCUCUGCAGGGUCACCCAGAAGUGUUGUGUUGGACAGGAGAGGCUGGGACCAGGGUACUGCAUGGUGACAAGGGCCCAUGGGCUCCUCUGCCACACAGCUGUCCCCAGCUGCCAGGGGCUGCUCCCAGCAGCAGCAGCAAUGGAGCAUCCCUCUGGAGGAGAAGGAGGAGGAAACCUCUCCUCUUCAGUGCCUCCUCCCUCCUCUGAGGGCAGCACAGAAUUUUAGUAACAUCCCAGGGGCAAGCCAGAAUGAGUAGCAAAUAAAUUCCCCUCCCACCUGUCCUGUGCACUAGGGCUGUUCCCUUGACUCUGCUCUGCUCAGAGAUCUCUUGCUGAGCCCUCACUGAGCGCUGGGGACACACCUGCUCAGACUGGGGACACACCUGCUCAGACUGGGGACACACCUGCUCAGACUGAAGCUCAGCCUUUGCUCAGCUCAGUUUUUGUACCAGUAACUCCAUCCCAGAGCAGUUGUGGCCUCAGGCUGAGCUGUGUGGUGAAGGUUGGAGUGGAAUUCUUUGCUCUCCCACCAAGGUGGGCAGGAUUGCAGGUUCAGCACCUCACUCUUGGCCACUUCUCCUUCCCACAGAUGUCUGGGUAACACAGACCCCUCUUAACAAAUCUUUUGUGCCUCACAUGGUGCACAAGGUCUUGCACUCCUGUAUGUUUCUCUGCUGCUGCACAUGCAUCCUGGUGGCAGGAAGCAGAUAUUCCCAAUAAAAACAAAUCAUUGUGCUCUGAUACAUCCUUCCUUGGGGAGCAGCAGAUGCAGCUGGGCAGCAGCUGGGUCCAGCCCCAGCAGGAUGGAUCCUCAGCAGGAUGUUAAACCCCACUGCAGAGCCUGGAGUGUCCUGGGACUCCUAAAGAGACAGCCCUUCCCUCUGCACUCACCUGCCCUGCAGAGGAACCUCUUUUCCAGGUGUGCAUUAUUUGUGCUGAUCCUUUAAAUCCAGCAGAGCUGGGAAUUAUCAGCAGCUCUGCUCACUUUUCCUUCCCUGAGUAGCAAAUUGUUACAAAGCUUGUUCGCCCAAAAACCCUGGAGGGCUGGAGAAACUCAGGUAAGAGGUAGUUGCUCUUCUUUCUGCUCUUAGGACUCAUAAAGGAGCAGCUUGUGUUUUCCAAGAUAAGUAGCCCCUUUUUUUUGCACAGGGUUGCUGGGAAACAAAUGCUUCAUUUCUCUGGUUUUCCCCUAUUUUCUUAAGUUGUUGAUGGUUGGGAGGUGCUGCCCUGUUAGCAUCUGUGUUUGUUUCAUAAAAUGGCUCCACUUGGUUAUUUUCUUACCCUGUUUGUUUUCAAAUGGGAAAGGCAGUGGUUUUAUGAAAUGGAUUCUCUCCAGUACAUGUUGCUGAGGUUGGAGAUGUGGCUGGGAUGGAGAUUUUGGCGUAGGAAGGAAGAAGGGAGGCUCCAGAACCCCCUUCCAACCCCCAGAUCUGCCAGCUGCUUCAGCCUCCUCUCAGCUGCCUGUCCAGAGCCUGAGGCUGAUGCCCUGCUCAGGGAA